UUUUCACGGCAUUGAGUAUACGAUCGUGUUAGUGUGCGAACGCGUACCUUAUCAGUUUAGAGUCUGAAAUCUGUUUAUUUCAGUGUUUUAAAAUGGCGCAGAAUAAUCUAGAAGUUGGAAUGAAGUGUAUUAAAUAUAUGUUGCUGUGUGUUACAGCUAUAUUUGUGCUGACAUCAGCGCUGAUAAUCUCAGUGGGCACGACCAUCUAUGCAAUUUACUACGAUGUCGCGUUCUUCCUCUACGACCAGAUGUUUUCACCAGCGACCUUCAUCGUUGUUAUUGGAAUCAUCAUGCUGUUCGUGUCACUCUUCGGAUGCAUAGGUGCUAUGAAAGAGAGCACUUGCUUAGUCAAUAUUUUCGCAGUGAUAUUAAGUUUGGUGCUGGUGCUUGAGGUCGCAGCGGCCAUUGCCGCCUACACCCUUCGUGGUCAGGUGGCGCGAAUGCUGGAUGAGAACCUCAGAGAAAGUCUGCCAUACUACUACACUUAUCCAGAUGUCACCAAAAGUUACGACUUUAUUCAGAACAGACUCAACUGCUGCGGUGUCGACUCAUACCUUGACUGGGGCGAUGUAAUAAGCGAUCAAUCCCACGAAGGGAUAGCCGUAGCAAACAUCACUGUACCAUUCAGUUGCUGUGCCGAAACGCGUACCCAGUACGUCAAUGAAAUGCAAGUUGAAGAAUGCGAAAAAUUGUACGCCAACGGAUGCCUCCCCAGAAUAACAUACUUGGUCUACCAGAGCGCUGGGUUGCUAGGAGCCGGAGCCAUGACUAUUGCGUUCAUACAGAUUAUUGGCAUCGUAUUUUCCUUCUCCCUGGCCACUUCCAUUCGUAAGGCAAAAUCAGAACGUGAACGCAGACGCUGGGAGAUUCAAGAACGUAUGAUUAACGCUUACACUUCUCUGAGUCCUGACACAGAAAAGAAGCCAGUCGUCUAUGUCCCAUUCCAUGGACAAACUGUUGCUUAGUUCUAUGAUUUAUGCAUACCUACCAUUAUCUAUGAAAAACGUGUGGAAAUAAUGACAUGCCUCUAUAAUCUAUUGUGGUUUUAAGUAUCAUUUUCACCUUUAAUGUGUGGCCAGACCAAUGUAUAAUUACAGUAACUUAAUAUUACCAAGGUCAAUCAUUGUCUAUAAAUUCGCAACUUUUGGCAUAUAGAUAAUGUUAUUUUUAUGUGUUUCUAAAAAUACAUAGAAAUAACAUUAUUUAAAUGCCAAAAGUUUUAUAAGAAAUACAUAGAAUUACAAUCUAUAGAUUUGGUAGGUAUAUAGACAAUAUCACAAAGAUAAAUAAUAGUUAAAGGAAAUCCCAAAGAUCGGAGUAACAUUAUUUUCAUAUUAGCUAUAGUUUUUAAUUGGGAUGUUAUGGUUUUGUGAGUUUUAUAUCGUGUUCAGAGAUGGCAUGGUCCGAAAUAUGUUAAUAUUAAAGUAACAAUAGACCUUCCUUAUGAAUUUACCUUUUUCUAUUAUUCAAUCUCUUUAAGUUAAAGGUUCUUUUUACCAUAUUAAAAGGGAGAGAUCAAAACAGAACAGGAAUUUUUGUAUACAUAAUCGAUUGUAAACACGACUCGCUUGUAAAAUUUCGUGACAUCCCUAAACUAUUGUAUAUAAUAAAUCGAAUCGUACCUACAUGUGAAUUAUAUUUUAUUAAAGACGAUAAACUUUUAUA